CCUUUUGGCCGCCUCUCGCCCUCAUCCCCUAUAAAUACAAUACCGGCCGCUGCCCGUUGCUUUGGUGCGCGCUUCUUUCUCCUCUUCACUGCCAAACCACCUCGCUCCUGACCUCCUUUCUCACUCUCGUCUGCCCCUCCUCUCUCGCCACAUCAGAGCUUUCUUGUGUUCUCCUCCAUCCACCUGCCACACCAGCCCACCAUGACUGCCUCCAACGGAAGCAAUGGCCAGGCCACUCGCCGCCCCCUCCCCGUCGGCAUCUACGCCCCCACCAUGACCUUUUUCGACCCCGAGACGGAGGACCUCGACAUCCCCACCAUCAAGAAGCACGCCGAGCGUCUUGCCAAGGCCGGCCUCGCUGGUCUGGUCGUCAUGGGCUCCAACGGCGAGGCCGCCCACUGCACGCGCGAGGAGAAGCUGGCCGUCACCAAGGCCACCCGUGAGGCUCUCGACGCCGCCGGCUUCCAGAACACCCCCAUCAUCCUCGGCGCCACUGAAGGCAGCGUCCGCGGCACCAUUGAGCUCUCCAAGGCCGCCGUCGAGGUCGGGGCCGACUACUCUCUCAUCCUUCCCCCCUCCUACUUCCGCGCCCAGAUGGACGAGACCGCCAUCCACGACUACUUCAUCGCCGUCGCCGACCAAAGCCCCAUCCCCCUCGUCCUCUACAACUACCCCGGAGCCGUCUCUGGUAUCGACAUGGACAGCGACCUGCUCAUCAAGCUGGCCGAGCACCCCAACAUUGUCGGGACCAAGUUCACCUGCGGCAACACGGGCAAGCUGACCCGUGUGGCCCUGGCCACCAACGCGAAGACUCCCUGGUCCGAGGGCUCCGGCUACAUGGCCUUUGGCGGCGUGUGCGACUUCACUGCUCAGACCCUCGCCAGCGGCGGCAGCGGCAUCAUCGCCGGCGGCGCCAACGUCAUGCCCAAGGUCUGCGUCAAGGUGUGGAACCUCUACUCGGAGGGUAAGAGGGACGAGGCUAUUGAGCUCCAGAAGAAGCUCAGCCGCGCUGAUUGGUUCCUGACCAAGGCCGCCAUCGCCGGUACCAAGGGCGCCAUCCAGACCUACUACGGCUACGGCGGCUUCCCCAGACGUCCUCUGAGACGCCUCGAGAAGGCCAAGACCUCGUACAUCGAGGAAGGUAUCAAGGAGGUCAUGGAGAUUGAGAACUCGCUCUAAGCGAACGACUUUCAUUUUCCGUCUCUUCAUGAUAUUUUCACAAUGACAACUCAUUUUU